AUGGUUUUUUGUUAUAUUAAAUGUGGAGAAAUUGAAGGAUGGAGUCAGAGUGUUAGAGGAGCAGGUUUUGUGUUUGGAGCAGAUGCUGUCAAGGAAUUUAAUCGUAAAAAUGGCAUUUCAUUGAUUUGUAGAGCACAUCAACUAGCAAUGGAAGGAUUCAAACAGAUGUUUGAUAAUUUUUUAUUCACUGUUUGGUCAGCUCCAAAUUAUUGCUAUAGGUUCUAAUUCAUUUUAAUUUUUAGAUGUGGCGAUGUUGCUUUUAUUCUUGAGUUGGAUGAGAACCUUAAGAAAUAUUAUUAGUUGUUUGAGGCUGCUCCAACUGAUAGAUCAUCGAAUUCAAAAAAAACUAUAGCAGAAUAAUUCUUAAGAUGA